AUGCCUCCUCCCCAAACGCGAACGCCGCUUCAACGCAGUCGAGAUCUAGAAAUUGCUAAGCGGCAGUUCACCUUCCUUGUAUCGAUCACAGCCACUAUCUUCAUCCUCUGUCCUGAAUGCCUGAGGAUCUACAGGAACCUCUGCAUCGUUCCAGCCUUGGCGUGGCUCACUGGGUUUGCGUUUGACUUGAUCAACUCCCUGAGCAACACUUUGGACAAUGCCCCGACUUUGUUGAAAUACUUCAUCCCCGACAUGAACAUUCCCAUAACAGCUCCUUUUGACCAAAUCUGCACUUCAGUCGGCCCCAUAAUCUCCAAGGCAAGCUCCUAUGCCAGGCUCAUGGCUCUAGAGGCAAAAGCUCGAAUCGUGGCGUUGAGGCAGGUGGUUCUCCUCGUUCUGGCUAAUUGGUUCUUGCGUCAACUUGGGUUAGAUCCCAUCGGAGAGAAUUCAGGCAGAGAAUCUGAGGACGGUGCACCGGGUCCGGCCCCUAUAUCCGACAGGUGGUUUGGCCUUCUUGUCAUGACACCUCCUGUCCACGAUUACGGAUCUCUACCCCUUGAUCCAAAAACUAGCGAGAGAUCUCAACCAAUUCCAUGGGACAGUCACGAGACUUCAUCUAUACCAUCCAUCUCCCCCCCUUCAGACUUUCGAGUCCAUCUCUCGUUCUGCCUCGUUCCUAAAACGAUUUGGGAGUCUCCGGAAACGACUCUUGCGGAGAAGCUCAAGGCGGGCCUCUACUGGGACAUGAGAGGAGAAGACUGCGGAUCUGACGGCGAGAUCUGGGCACAAGCACGCGUGCAGAGGAUCACUGGCAUUGAAAUCCUGGGGCUGGUCGACGAAGAGCAAGACACCGUCAACGCCUGUCAUGCGUACUUUGCCUCCUUGCAGCAGGACUGGAAGUAUAUGAAGAUCUCCUGGAACGAUGUUGACUUUGCAAUCAUCCUUGGAUUCCUCAACACGGGACCACAGGUCACCCAAAGAAUGAAGGAACUGUUUGCCUGCUUCUCAAGACUUCGUAUUAACCAGGCUCUAGCUGCUAGGGCUAAUUUGUCGAGAAAGGGGUUCUUAGCUUGCUGGUGUGUGAGCGCCACAGCCGGGGCUGUCACAUUUCUCACAGGGGGGUUGGCGGCUCCUAUAACAGGGCCGUUGUUUGUUGGCGGCUGUUUUUCAGGUUUGGGGGUUGGACUUGCGGGGGAUUCAAUUCUUGCACACGAUAUGAAGAUGUGGAAGAGACGGAUCGAGGGGUGCCAGGAUCUUCAGCGGCGGUUCCCUCAGUUGGAGGAGAUUUUUCAAGAUGAAGGCUGA